UUUUUUAUGUAGUAGCCACAUUCGAUUGUAGUGCAAUUAGAAUUUUGUUUCUGUUUUCUUUUUUGACGAGCUAGUGAUUUAAUUUUUUUCCCGAAAUUUUUUUCGAAUUUCACGUUGACAUUUAAAACAAAAAAUAGUAAUAUGUCCGUACCGGAAAAUAGCGACGAGAACAAAAUUAAUGCAGUUGAUAAUUCUGAGGCAAAAACUGAGGGCGUUUCAAGAAUCAAAUGUUCACGACCGACCACGUCAACUCACAUUGUCACAGAAAAUAUUGCCACUUUACCUAAAUCCUCUAAAAACAAUGAUGACUAUGUAAAGGCGCAUAACGAGCUUGUAAACAAUUUGGAAGGCUUAGUAUUGUCCACUGAGAGUUCCGAUGACAACAUCUGCAAGUCUGAUUGGUUAAAGGCAAGGGAUAGUCUAGAAAAUUUAAAUUGCACUAAACCGGAUAAGGUAGAAGUGAUCAAUUCGAAAUCGUCAUCCUGCACAUCCUCUAAAGAAAAGUGCUUGAUCGCCGAAUCUCCGCAUUCCGAGUCUCUUAUUGGAGCGACCAAAAAUUGCGCCCACUCCGUCUCCAAAGUGCUUUCCUGGGACCCAUGGGAGAAACUGGGCAGAAAGAACAAGAAGGAAAGUAAGAGGAGAAAAUUUGAACAGGCCAAAGAGAAUAGUACACCCCAGACGUCGCAGGAUCAGAACAGGAAGGACUUCAAGUCCGGAGAUGAGGUGCGGCCCGCGACGGAUGCAGAUGCGGAAGAGAUAAUCGAGAGCUACGAGUACCAGCCUUAUCAGCCGAAAAACUCGAGAUCGGUGGAGUUUACAAAUAAAGUGAUGGUCGUUUACAUAAAGGAAGAUAAGGUGAUAGGUGAGGCGAUCGAGCCUCUAAAGAAGGAGUUGGAUCAGCAGAUUCGGAAUAAAGAGAUGAGGAAAGGCCACAUGGCAGACAUUGGAUUCGGGAAGAAGAGGCUAGUUAACGAUUGGCACAUGAAAAAGUAGACGCGCCGACCAUUGAAACGAAAGAAUAAUAAACUUUAGCCGAUCCGUAAAUUAAGAAUUAUCAAUUUUGAUUUUAAUUCUUUUUAGU